AUGAGAGAGAUUGUACAUUUGCAGGUCGGCCAAUGCGGCAACCAGAUUGGAACAAAGUUUUGGGAGGUCAUCUCCGAAGAGCAUGGCAUUGAUCAUGAUGGAUCACAUAAAGCCACAACCGAUGCACAUCUUAGCAAGUUGCAAUUGGAAAGAAUCAAUGUGUAUUACACAGAGGCCCGCGACCAACGUUAUGUCCCACGUGCCGUCCUCGUCGAUCUCGAGCCAGGCACUCUGGACACCAUCCGAGCCAGUGACCUCGGCAAGUCUUUUAGACCAGACAACAUGAUCAAUGGCCAAUCAGGUGCAGGAAACAACUGGGCCAAGGGACAUUAUACUGAAGGAGUAGAGUUGGUUGAUAGUGUACUGGAUGUGGUGAGGAAGGAGGCAGAGGCAUGCGACUGCCUGCAAGGAUUCCAGGUGACACACUCGAUUGGUGGAGGCACGGGCUCAGGUUUGGGCACGUUGCUGAUCGCUAGAAUACGUGAAGAUUAUCCAGACCGCAUGAUGUGCACAUUCUCAGUGGUGCCAUCGCCAAAGGUAUCGCUUGCUGUCACUGAGCCCUACAACGCCACACUGUCCGUCCAUCAACUGGUGGAGAAUGCCGACGAAGUCAUGUGUAUAGAUAACGAAGCACUCCACACCAUCUGUUCCAAAACACUCAAGCUUGCGCAGCCCACCUAUGGUGACCUCAACAAACUCAUCUCAACAGUCAUGAGUGGCGUCACAUGUUGUCUUCGUUUCCCAGGUCAGCUUAACAGCGAUCUGAGGAAGUUGGCAGUCAACCUUAUUCCAUUCCCACGUCUUCAUUUCUUCAUGGUCAGCUUUGCUCCACUGUUCUCUUCGGCACAAGCUUCUUACAAUAGAUUCAGUGUUGCUGACUUGACAGCACAGAUGUUCGACCCAAGCAACAUGAUGGCUGCAUCCGAUCCCCGCAAUGGAAAGUACCUCACUGCCUCAGCACUCUUCAGAGGCAAGAUCUACACCAAGGAAGUCGACGAAGCAAUGCUUUCAAUCCAGAACAAGCAGUCUCAACACUUUGUUGAGUGGAUACCAAACAACAUCAAGUCAUCGAUCUGUGACGUGCCACCUGUGGGCCUGCCAAUGUCUGCAACGUUCAUUGGCAACUCAACAUCGAUCCAGGAGUUGUUCACACGUGUCUCAUCACAGUUCACCAAGAUGUUUAGACGCAAGGCUUUCCUUCACCCAUAUCUCAAUGAGGGCAUGGAGGAGUUGGAGUUCACCGAGGCCGAGAGCAACAUGAAUGAUCUCGUCUAUGAGUACCAGCAAUACAACGAGAUGAAUGGCGAUGACCACAGUGACAAUGGAGGAGAGGAGGAGCCAGUCGGUGAUGGUGAGAACAAUGAGUUCUAG